CCGAUAUUUCACGCCCAAGGGGAUCAUACCUAGGUAUAUCAUUGCAAUGGGCGAAUCAUUUGAAUAUUCCGUGUGCAAAGAAGCCUCCGCCUUCAAUUGGAAGCAGAGCGCGUCUUUCACCGAUACGACGCUUCAAAUAUGCCGCCAGGUGCGAACCCUUCUAAGUAAAGAGACGCGGGUUGUUUUAGACGGUCAAUCUUUGGACUUGAGCUCGGUUGUGGCCGUUGUAAGACACGGUUAUGAUGUGGCCCUCACCGACAGCCCAGAGGUCCACCAAGUAUUGAAGAGAAGUGUAGAUCUUCUGAACGAGAAGCUCACCCGUGGUGAAAUCGUCUAUGGUGUCAACACCGGUUUUGGGGGAAGUGCAGAUAGCCGGACUAGCAAUUAUGUUGCUCUGCAAAAGGCAUUGAUCCAACAUCACAAUGCGGCAGUCUUACUCCCAAUUGACCGAGGAAGGGAAAGCUCUCACCUUACCAAUUCACAUUCCAUGAAAAGCCACAGCAUCCCUGUACCGGUUGUCAGGGCUGCGAUGUUGGUUCGAUGCAACUCCCUGCUCCGCGGUCACUCAGCCGUCCGACCAGAGGUGAUUGAGUACAUCUGCACCUUCUUGCGGAACUCCAUGACCCCAGUGGUUCCUCUCCGGGGAAGUAUCUCAGCCUCGGGCGAUCUAACUCCACUUGCAUACAUCGCUGGAGCGCUGGAGGGUAACCCCGACAUCUCAGUUCACAAAGCGAAUGGAGGAAUUGUAGGUGCUGAUGAAGCGCUCACCGAGCUGAAUCUGAAGCCUCUGGAGUUUGGUCCAAAGGAGGGACUUGGACUAUUGAAUGGAACGGCAUUCAGCUGCGGCGCGGCAAGCUUGGUUCUUUUCGAAGCCAGUCAGCUGGUCCUCUUAUCCCAGCUUCUAACAGCUAUGGGUACUGAAGCCAUGCUGGGCAUGAUAUGUAACUAUCAUCCAUUCAUUGCCUCGACACGCCCCCACGACGGACAAAUCGAGGCUGCGAAAAACAUCUUCAAUUUUUUGCUUGACUCCAAAUUGGCCACGCCAGCUGGUCCCGGACAUGACGGACUCGCUCAGGAUCGUUACGCUCUUCGAACAUCGACGCAAUGGAUUGGCCCCCAGAUUGAAAAUAUGGCUUUAGCGCUAGAGCAGGUUCGGGCAGAACUUAACUCGACAACGGACAAUCCUCUGAUUAAUCCGGAAGAUGGCAAUAUCUACCACGGCGGCAACUUUCAAGCUGCAGCGAUCACGUCCUCUAUGGAGAAAACCUUGAGCGCCAUGCAAAUGAUUGGCAAAAUGAUUUUCUCGCAGUGUUCAGAGUUGCUCAACCCUACUUUGAGCAAUGGCCUUCCUCCAAACUUGUGCAUGGAUGAUCCGAGUCUGUCGUUCGCUUUUAAGGGCAUCGAUAUCAACAUGGCAUCCUACACGUCUGAGCUCGGUUAUCUGAACCAUCCUAUCAGCAAUCACGUUCAGUCAGCGGAAAUGCACAACCAGGCCAUCAAUUCACUGGCAUUUAUCGGCUGCCGUUAUGCUGGUGAUGCUGUCGAAGUUCUGUCGCUGAUGACAGCGACCUACCUCUACGUCCUGUGUCAAGCUGUGGACCUACGCGUGCUACAUGCAGAAUUUGUCAAAGACGUACGCCCGAAGAUCGACGACAUGACAAGCAGUACUUUCCCGGUCGCCCCUGCUAAUAUCAAGAAUAUCUCGGCGACAAUGUGGGAGGAGCUUAUGCACCAAUGGCGCCGAAACAGCACCAGUGAUCUUUGCGAUCGUUGUGUGGCAGCUGCAAAUGCCUCAGUCGGCGCACUCCUUGAUCUCCUUCCUGCGGAUGUUGGAAUCUCUCAAGAAGGAAACGCUCGGCAAUGGAAGAGCAGCGUCGCUGUUGCCCUGCAGCAGAGUUAUGAAACUGCUCGCACCAAGUUCCUGGCUAACCCCACAACAAAGACAUAUCUCUGCAGCUCGUCCCAAAAACUGUACAAGUUCGUUCGAGAAGAUCUGAAGGUGCCACCUCACAGUGGCAUUGAUGCCCACCCAACUUACAUCAGAGAAAAGUUCGAAGGGAAGGAGUGUAUCGGCUCGCAAGUGAGCAAAAUUUACACGGCGCUGCGGGAGGAAAAAUUCAGAGACCUUCUGCUCAGCUGCUGGUAGUGUUUUGUUUCGAGUCUUGUUUUGCGAAUUCUUACCUGUUUUCUUGGUCCCACCGGUGCUAGCAAGCAAGCAAGUCUUUUAUUGGUUACCUCUACGCAGUCAAGGGGACAGUGUGUAUGGUUUGGCCGUAAUGGGUCACCUGUCGCUACGGUCUUAUGCGUAACGCAUUAGAUCGUAGCGGCAGAUAGGGCCCAAAUGAGCCGGGCCAAACUAGGAUGGUGGAGGGGACGGUGGUGGAGCCAGUAAAGACAGUUGAGCCGGCGAGCCUGUCUGGAACUGGUGAUUGAGCUUGUAUAAGUCUGACGUAUUUUGUCGUGAAAUACACCCUGAAAGCCUCCGAGGUCCAUCUCCCGAGCGCUUGAAUUUGGUCGUCGA